AUGUCCCUUCCCAGGUCGAGGUCCCCAUCGGUCCCCUCUGAGGGUGAGAUCGUCGAAUCAGGCCCAGAGACGAAGGCAACUGCGUCACAACCUCCUCUUAAUGGCACCAGCGUUGACCGUCCCACCAGAGCUAGCCCAUCCUCUGCGCCCGGAUCUCCCGCCUCGUUGAAAGACACUCGAUCGCCACCCCGGCAGAGGUCGCGGACCAGGUCCCACUCGAGAUCCCGCUCUCGCUCCCCGUACAGAGAGAAUAAGACCAAGCGCAGUCUCGACGACCCCGAGUCCUAUGAUGGAUCCUACGACCGGCGACCCCGCAAUGAGCCUCCGCGGCGCUACAGGUCUAGGUAUGACGACAGACGGCGUGACAGACCUGGUCCUAACAGGCGCCCGAACUCAUACUACGACUAUGACCGCGAAGAGACGUACGGAGAAGCGCUACGAUACAGUGAUGAUUACGACCGGAAUGACCGACACAAGGACAAGCGGCAGCGCACCCGCAGCCGCUCUCGAUCCCCUUACCGGGAAUCGAGAAAACCCAAGCAGUAUUCAGGCGACGAACUUGAUACAAAUGUUAAUGCCAGGUCUUCAGCGGAUAAUGGAAGGCGCUUGCCCACUGAACAGUUGGUGAGGGAACGCGGAAAGGCUUCGGUUGGAGCUUCGGACUUGAAGCUUGGUGCUGAAAAAGAAAAGAACCAGGUGCAGGCUUCUUCUAAUCUGAAAGCUCAUGUGGCUGACGAGUAUGUUUAUUUUGUUGCUGGCGAAAAAGAACGUGUGGCUAAUAUCCGUCUCAGAGAAACACCUAACCCAGAGCUUGCGCAAGAGCCGGAGCUGGCUGAGCCCAUUGACGAAGCUGCUGCACUUGAAGCUCGUCGGAAACGCCGUGAAGCUAUUCGGGCGAAACACCGAAGCCAAGCGACGCCUCUACAUCUCAAAGCACUGAACGUCGAGGUUGAAACGGAUUCAUCUACGCCUGGCACUGAGCCAACUAGCGCAAAGGAAGCAUCUGGUAUAUUUCUCUCGGACAAGCUUACCCUGGUAUCGAAACUGACGCCUGGAAACUCAAUAGAUUCUCCGCGAGCAUCCCCCUUCGAACAACCCGGGGAGGCAUUCCCUGGUUUUGUUGGAAAAGAUAUGGAUGUGGUCAACGCCAAUGCGCCUGUUGGCACUGACAAGGAUGAGUCCUCUGCUGCUGAUUAUGAUCCAACCCUUGAUACAAAGGAAGAAAGACAAAAACAUGGCAAUGUUCAGGAUGGAAAGGACGACAUUUCGUCUGCAGCAUACGAUGAAACUAAGACUGGCAAGCAAGAUAUCCUCCUCCCUGAUGCUCCCCCAGUGCCACCGCCGAAGACCAAGGCCUUCGAUAUGUUUGCAGAUGACGACGAUGACAUGUUCGCAGAGGAAGAACCUGAUGCCAAGCCGGCGCAUGCUUCGGCCACAGCUGUACCCCAGGGCAGGGAACUAGACGUCAGCAUGAUGGAUAACUGGGAUGAUUCGGAGGGCUAUUACGCCGUUCGACUGGGAGAGCUGAUCAACGGAAGAUACCAUGUCCAUCAGAAUCUUGGCAAGGGAAUGUUCUCGUCUGUCGUACGUGCAACUGACACGCAGACAGGGGGUCUGGUUGCCGUCAAGAUCAUUCGCCAGAACGCCAUCAUGCGCAAGGCCGGUAUGAAGGAAAUUGGCAUCCUCGAGCAACUCCAGGAAGCCGACCCGCUAAACCAAAUGCACCUCAUCAAGUUCGACCGAUAUUUCGAUCACAAGGGCCACUUGUGUAUGGUGUUUGAGAACCUUAGCAUGGACCUGCGUGAGGUCCUGAAAAGGUUCGGUAGGGACAUUGGCUUGAACAUACGCGCGGUACGGGCCUACGGCCAGCAGAUUUUCCUUGGGCUGUGUCACCUUCGGCGGUGUAACAUCCUGCAUGCAGAUCUCAAGCCAGAUAAUCUCCUUGUGAACGAGCAACGCAACAUUCUGAAAGUUUGUGAUCUAGGUUCGGCGUCGCCGGCCUCUGACAAUGAGAUUACGCCUUACCUCGUCAGUCGUUUCUACCGUGCCCCAGAGAUCAUCCUGGGUAUCCCUUACGACUACGCCAUCGAUGUCUGGUCCAUUGGCUGUACCCUCUUUGAGCUGUACACGGGCAAGAUCCUCUUCACCGGCCGAAACAACAACCAGAUGCUUCGGUCCAUCAUGGAGUGCCGGGGCAAGUACCCGCCGAAGCUGCUUCGCCGCGGAACCUUGUCGCCUCACCACUUCGAUGAAAUGCUCAACUUCCACAGCGUGGAGGAAGACAAGAUCACCGGCCGUCUGCACACCAAGAUUGUGGACUUUAAGAAACCGACGCGGGACUUGAAGACGCGCCUCAUGGCACAGGGAACCCGCGGGAUGCCAGAUUCCGAGGUUAAAGAACUGAGCUUGUUCUUGGACCUCCUCGACCGGUGCUUGAGUCUCAACCCCGAGAAACGGAUCACGCCUGCCGAGGCAUUGAAGCACCCGUUCCUGGCCCCUAGGGUGUGA